AUGUUUAAGAACAAAAUAGCCCUUGGCAACAAAAACUACCUCGGAAACAAGGACAGGAAAAAACUAGCCGUGACCAUUAAGAACACUUUUAACCUGGAAAGUGAAGAACAAGUGGAUGAAAUAUUAGACAAGGAAAACACAUGUAUUUGUAAAGUGCAAAAAACAAAAAUAACAAUUUACCUCUCGAAGAACAUCCCAGUUCUUUUCACCAUCAAAAAUGAUAUUUUUCCAACCGUGUACACAUUAUGGAAAUUCCCACGCAUAAUACCUUGCUUUGUCAUAUACCCACCUGCCUCUGAAUUUCUAAUGAAGGGAGCAGACUUGAUGAUACCAGGUAUAUGCAAAGACGUAGAACAUGUAGAAGAACUAAAGGUUGGAAGUGUAUGGGGUGUUCGUGUGUUUAAUAACCCUCACCCUUUUGCAGUUGGACAGUGUUCAGUGGAUUAUGAUAGUAACCACAACUUUUAUAAUUUAAAAGGAAAGUGUUUAAAAGUUAUGCACAUUUUUAAUGAUGAGCUGUGGAAGCUGGGCUCACAAACUAUACCUCACAGCAGCUUCCAGGGGAAAAUUAUCGACUCGGUGGAAAAUGUGGUAGACAAUUUGGACGAGUUUAAAGUCUACGAUGAGAAUAAGGGGGCCAAGAAAAAGUGUGCGAAGCAGACGGGAGGGCGUAGCGGUGGAAAACGCGCAAACGGCGCAAACGACGUAAGCGACAUAAGCGAUGUAAACGGUGCUAUUCAUUCCCGCCUUCAUGACAACCGCCCUGAUGAAAACUGUAGCGAUGAUCAACGCUACCGAGCCUUCACGGAUGAGGAAAGCGAACAGGAGAAGCCCAAGGAUGAUGAGGGCGGACCCACGGGACGAAGUGAAGCAAAGCAAAAAAAGACGACCACCGAAAAAAAACUAGACAAUUUUUACAAACAUUUUGCAGUCAUACUAGCCCAAAGGAGCAACGCAAAAAGGGACGCACAUCCCCUCACCAGCAAAAAUGCCAAGGAAGGAAAAAAACAGACCGUGAAGGAAACACAAUUUAAGGAACAGAAUGUGCCAAGUGAAACGAAAAAAAAAUGCACAGUGAAUAUCGACUCAAUGGAGGAUGGUUUCUUGAAUCAAGUAGAUGCUCCUGAGGAGGAGAAAACGAGAGAGGAAAAGAAGCAAUGGUUCGAUGGUAACCUCGUAACGGAGCAGAGGAAGAGGGAAGACAUAAACAAAGCGAUGGACAAUAUCACCCAUACAGAGGCAGACAUAAUGAACGAGUGGGACGACUGCUCAGUGGAAGAAAAUGCACAAACUGGUCAGGAUGCUAAUAAUAGUAUUUCAAUAAAAAAUUCUCAAAGAAGAAGUGAAUCGAAAGAGGCGAGAUAUGAUGAUGAAGAUGAUUCGGUAAGCGAAGCCUCCUGUGUAGAAGAAUCCAAUGCUAACAUACCCCAUGAAAGAAAUGAAAAGGACACAUUCGAACUGAACAGUGAACAGCAGGAUGCACUACUCAUGUUCCUCUUCCUUGAAGUAGCUCAAUCACUCACUGAUGACAACCUCCCAUUGGAAGUUUCCGGAGUGUAUAGUAGAAUGACCAAGGAGUUUUUGUACAUACACAGAAAUGAACUUUUCCUUGCAGAGUUACUAAAACUAGGGGUACCAAUCGACAGUAUAAACAAAAUAAAAGCAAAACAAGUGAACCUAGAAUUGGAUGUGAAAAAAUCAACGUAUAAAAAAAUCAGCAAAUUUAUUCAACAUUGCUCCAAGUUAAAAAUUAUUAAAAUAAAAGAAAACAGAAAUGUCAUGUCCGUCGUAAAUAUACGAAAAGGAAGUUCUCUCAUCUCGUCUUAUAAACCCAUGUCUUUGGAGGAAAAAAAACUGUGCCAGUUGGAGAAAGGUGAAAAUGACACGGGGGGGGCACAAAAUGGGUUGGAAGGCAAUACGAACAGUGCCCAUCAGGAUAAAAGUGCAAAACAUGAAGCAAAAAAUGAUGCAAAAAAUGAAGCAACAAACAAAGGCGCACAGGUACUCGAAUUUUACAUGCCAUCCUCCAAAGGGAUAAACAUUUUCAAAUGCGUAGAUAGCAAAUCGGACAGAAGUUCCUACUACAACAUUAUGCAGUUAAAAGAUGUUUUAAAAUCGUAUGUACAGAAGCAGAAGUUAGUGAGUGGUAAGGAUGCACAGGUGGUAAAGCUAAACGAUGAUUUGAGAGCCAUUUUAAAUAUCCCAUGUGAGCCGUCUACGUGUACCAUGUCAUACGAGUCUCUCCUGAGCCAAUUCAUCUCGACGCAACUUCCAUGCUAUGCCAUAAUCAAGCCGAAUGCUAAUUUCGAUGUAGAGCCAAUUAAGGUCACAAAAGGGAAAUGCCCUUCCAUUCACAUCUACGCAGUUGCAAGGAUGAAAGGGAAAAAAUAUGUUACACACAUUACAAAUUUGUUUCUCUUCCAUGUGGAUCUGAACAAAUUGUCUGAACAUGUACAGAAACAGCUAGCUUGUUCUUGUUCCAUUGUCAUUUCUCCCUCCACCAAAAAGGAGGAAAUCCUCGUUCAGGGCAAUGUUGUAAAUAUGAUACACGAUAUUUUGAUUAAAAAUUAUAACCUCCCCAGGAAGUACAUUGCGCUGAAUACAAAGUAG